AUGUGCACCAGCACGGGCUCCGAAAUCAUCAUCGGUACAGAAUCCUGGCUCAACUCAUCACAUCUGAGUACUGAGAUCUUCCCAGAAAAUUACACUGUCUACCGACGAGACCGUAAUAAAGGUAGAGGUGGCGGGGUUUUCAUCCUGGUUGAAAAGAAGUACCAAAGCAUGGAACCAGAGGAACUUUCAAUUGGAGUCGACUGCGAGAUGUUAUGGGUCCAACUUACUGUCAAGGGAGCUAGCCAUCUCUAUGUUGGUGCUUUUUACCGCCCACCCAACAUGGACCAACCGGAGUAUCAGUCACACCUAAACACAUGUCUAUCAAGGAUCCCAGCAGGAGCACACAUCUGGCUCGGAGGGGACUUCAACCUUGGUGAUAUCGACUGGGGAAACAACAGCGUUAAUCCAUCAGCAUCUAAACCUGUCCUUUGUAAUCAAUUACUUGAAAUCACUGAAAACUACUAUCUUGAACAACAAGUAACAGAACCAACAAGAGUUACUGAACACUCGUCUAACAUCUUAGAUUUAUUCUUCUCCAACAACAGCUCAUUUAUCAAUACAACUAAAGUCAUUCCAGGAAUUUCGGACCAUGAGGCAGUCUACGUGGAAGCUAGUCUACGACCCCACAAGACACCCCCACUCAAGAGAAAAGUCUUCACAUACAACAAGGCUAAUUACAAGGGCCUCAGAGAGGAGCUAUGCGAGCUACAUGAAGACUUGUCCAAUAUUCCUAAUGCUUCAGCUGAUGUGCUUUGGACAAAAUUCAAGAAGAAAUUAACAUCCUUGAUGAACAAGUAUAUCCCAACAAAGAUCCUCAAGGAGGGGUUCAAGCGAAAGCCAUGGAUCGACCGUAAGGUGAGGGCUUCCAUGAGGAGAAAGGCAAAGCUGUACACCAGAAUGAAGAAAACUGGUCAGGACAAAGAUAUCAACAGAUACAGACAAUUUGACGACCCUGAUGAAACUAAACCUUCAAAACAAAAGAAAUUUUGGAACUACAUUAAAUCUUUACGGAAAGACAACACUGGUAUUUCACCGCUCAAGGAUAAUGGAAGACUGUUCAACUCAGCGAGAGACAAGGCCAACAUACUGAACCGACAAUACAAGUCAGUUUUCACAGAUGAAACCGGCGGCGAGAUCCCCAGUCCUACGGGUACACCUUACCCGGACAUGGACAAGAUCGAGUUACAAGAGGAAGGCAUCCUGAAGCUCCUCAAGAAUAUGAACCCCAAGAAAGCUUCAGGUCGACAUAUCAGCUAG